AAUUUGAUAGUGAAAUCAAUAACGGAUUAGGCAAAAAUAACAAAAAAGCAAAUACAAGAACCCACCUCGAAAGACACUUUAAUGGCAACAGUAUGCCGAUAUUCCUUCAUCGUCUCUAGCAACCACCCCCAAAUCCAUUUCCCCCAAAAACUCCUCCCCACUUUCUUUAUCUUCCCGAAAUACCCUCAUAAACCCAUCAAAUUUACCAGACUGCCACUCACCCAUCACCACUCAUUUGCAACAACAUCAUCAUCGUCAAAAAUGGAAACACCUCCUAAUGGUUACAGAAGAAACGUUGGUAUUUGUCUCAUUAAUUCUUCCAACAAGAUUUUUUCAGCAUCAAGAUUAGAUAUACCAGAUGCUUGGCAGAUGCCUCAGGGUGGCAUUGAUGAAGGUGAAGAUCCAAGGGCUGCAGCCAUCAGGGAAUUACGAGAAGAAACUGGUGUUACUUCAGCAGAAAUUCUUAUGGAGGCUCCACAUUGGUUGACCUAUGAUUUUCCUCCACCCGUCAGAGAAAAGCUUAGAAUCCGAUGGGGCUCUGACUGGAAAGGUCAAGCACAAAAAUGGUUCUUAUUCAAGUUCACUGGAAAAGAUGAAGAAAUUAACCUUUUGGGUGAUGGCAGUGAGAAGCCGGAGUUUGGAGAGUGGUCAUGGAUGUCACCAGAACAAGUGGUUGAUCGGGCUGUGGAUUUCAAGAAACCUGUUUACAAAGAGGUGAUCAGUGUUUUUUCUCAUCAUCUUCAGUGAAGAACUUCUUGAUCUUUAAUUUCUACCUGAUAAUGAACUAGUUUCUGGCUUUAUCGUUGUAAGCCCAUAAAAGAAACUCAACUUGUUCACUUUGGAAUAUCGUCCUUUUAUAGGAUUGAUUUGGAUCGUUUCCAUCAUCGUGUAACAUUGGCCCUCUGUUUUCAACUCAAGUUUAUGGGGGAGGACCCUUUUAAGUUUUAACAAGUGCAACCAUAUACUUCUGGAGUUGUGGUUAAUGCACAAUUAUCUGUGGUGUUGAGUUUCUGCUCAAGACAACACAGGUUUUUUAGGAUUUUCGUAUGUGUUUGAACUCUGUAUGAGGAACAUAUAAGGAGGCGUUUAUAUCUAAAAUGUUUGUACUUUUAAAUGAAAA